UCCGUAUUCGCAGGAAGCACGGGCGACAAUUUAAAAAUCUCGAAACCCAACGAAUAUGAUUUAGUUUUUAAACUCGAAAUUCCGUAUUACCGCAACAUCAUCGUAACGAAAUGUCCGCGAAUCCCGGGAAAUGUUCUACUAAACUUGACGCGCGUUCUGGAGUUAUUAAAAGAAGAUCCCCGCGAGGAUUAUCGUCGCAUUCACGGUUUCCUAUCCAACUUGGUCGAUCGAAACAACUAUCUCGUCGUGGACAAGCUCCGUAGCUUCCUGCAGAGUUGCUUUAGUCGCGCCCUGAACAAAAUCGCGUAUCGCAUCGAGGUUGAUGGUCAGGUCUCCCGACUCCGAUACCAGACCUGUGGGCCGGCCCACACUAUCUUCGUAGAUGGACUCUACUCCGUGGACUUUGUGCCAGCCAUCCGUCUGGGGUUUGCACAGAACGUCCUGCCGAAGGAUUUAGAAGAAUACCACGCGUGCGCGAAUCUCUCAUACUGGGAAGCCAUCCCAAAGCCUUUGAAAUCUCAACUAAGACACCCGCCUCCGCAGAUCUCGUUCCGGUCUUCCUUUUACGCCGCGGAAAAAGUUAUGCUGGCCGGAAAGCACAAGAAUUGUACGGACGCCAUUAGGUUUAUGAAACACUACCGCGACCUUAGAUCCAAUUUGAGCCACCUUAAAAGCUAUUACAUUAAAACUUUAUUUCUCUGGAAAAUUAGGUCUCAACCGGAUUCCUAUUGGCAGGACCAUACCCUUACUGACAUUUUAACGGAUAUGUUUGAGGAGCUCACAAAGUGCCUGGAGAAACGGCGACUUCCCUUUUUCUGGGAUGCAGAGCUAAAUAUGCUGGAUGUCCUUACACAGGAUCAAAUUACUGAGUUGCAUUUGUGCGUGAAAGCAACAUCUAAGAAGCCCAUUAGGGUGAGACCCUGCUGUCCACGUAGGUCCAAUACUCGUCUGAUACAUGGAGUUCUACCAAAAAGAAGGUUGCCUUAUUAUUUUUUUAAAAGCAGCAAAAGGGCACCUGUGAAGCACACUACUUCCCAUUUAAAAAAGCUGGUUACAUUGUAUAAGUAA